GUUGCCUGUUUGCCUUUCUACUCUACUUGGACACAGCCACCAACUGCUCCUCUUGAAUUGCCACGCAACAUGCAGCAACCUGCCAAUGCUCAGGUUCCGAACAUCAACCGAGUGAAUGCCAUCGUAGAUGCAGCCUUGGAUCGCCGAGAUGUCGCAGCUCCGCGCAGUCAAAACCAGGAGAAGUUUGGCAAGACCUUCGAGAGGUUCAGUGGCGAGGUGAGCGCAGAAUGGUCUUCGAGCCUUCGGAACAACCAUCGCUAUGAAGGCAUCCCAUUUGCACUAACAGCAAGGAGCCUUGCCACAGAUACCAGGAGGACUCUUGACUACUCCAAAUCCCGUUCUGGCUAUGGCCAAACGAUUUAGCUCCCAAAGCAGAGCGCAGAAAGCGCAGAAAAUAAGAGUUCCUGCCUGGAUCUUCAAGAGAUCCAGGUGACUUAGAGCCUGGGGGACCAGCUGUCCUGCUCAGAACAAAUUGCAACCGUGGU